CUCUUUGUCCCUCCCCCUCUCAUCAGCCAUUGCCAUGCCAUGUCAUUGAUUCGAAUGCAUUGUCUUUUGUCGUCACUAAUAACACGCAUGAGAGAAUUGAUAACCUUUGUAUUGUAACUUUUAUGAUCUACUCUCUUCCCACUCCCCAUCGCCAAGAAGAGAGUUUACAGAUUAUUAUUUUUUUUCCCUUUAUGAGAUCGAUCUAUCACUGAUCCUAACCGAUUUGACUUUGCAGUCAGGCCAGCCACACUGACAUCAACUUUCCUCAUUGCACUCACUCGCUCACGUUGUUUGCCUGGCAACUGAUACUGACCUUGUUCUGGCUCUUCUUGUUUCUGGAGCCUCCCGUCUCAUCAUAAAGCAAAGCUCCGACCUACCUAGGCCAUGCCAUAAUUUUCUGUCACUCACCUUUCCCCCCGUUUCCGAAGGUUCCCAUCGAAGCUUCACUUCUUUUUCUCUUCUCUUCCCUUCCUCCAUCCUCUUCUCCAAAAACUAAAAGAGAGUGACCAGUCAACAAACGGAUGAUCGGCCUAGACCAGAGGUGACGUCUUUGGUUUAUGUGACUUGUAUAUCUCCGAGUGACCCCAAGCCCAAACCCAAACCCAAACCCAAACGUCACCUCACUCACGUCUCUCUCUUUUAUCCUCUUCUUCCUCUUCCUUUCACUCUCUCCUAUCCUCGUCUCCAUUCACCUAUUUUGGAGAGUUUUGUUUUUGUACAGUCGCUCAAUAUGCGUCCUCCGCGCGUUUUUGUUCUUAUACUCUUUAUCGCAGCCUCUCUCCUCCUCUUCUGUCGCGCUAUAUCAUCCUCGCUUCGUACCGCCUACGCCGAUUACCCCGCUGGUAACUUCAGGUCUAGACAAAAGACUGACUCCAUUUCGUCUCAGUCUCGGUCACAUCAUGAUGAUACAGAAAAGUCUCCAAAGUCCGUUUGGAAUUCCAUGUACUACAACACCCCAUUCUCAUUAUUUCCACCAAAUGCUGCCAUCAGCUUGACCGACGACAACAGCACUUCCUUUGCCGCCCGUCCCGCCGCUUUUGGUCCUAGGCUCGCUAUGCGAGGUCUAAGUGGUCAAUUAUGGGUGGGCAGUGGUUUCGCAGAGGAUGCUCUUAUACAUGGUACCGGCGAAUUGGGCUGCAGCGACACGCCAGGUUGGAACGAGAGAGCAGAGGCCAUUGCUCUGCACAAGGCCUUGAGGGCUGCUGUCCCUUCUAUCUCGACUUCCAGGUCCAGCACUUCUGUCCGUGCUGCUAAACGAAGCCGAGUCGUUAUCCCCAACGCUGGCAAUGGUCACACCACCUCCAGCCAUGUCUCUGUCAUGCAUGACCAUUCCGAAAUCGACGGCAAAGUGGCGCUACUAAUGCGAGGCGGUUGCGGUUUUCUCGACAAAGUAAUGUGGGCGCAGCGAAGAGGCGCUCUCGCCGUCAUCGUUGGCGAUAAUCAGAAAGGCGGCCCUCUUAUCCAGAUGUUUGCGCAUGGCCCCGAGGUCGAUAAUGUCACCAUUCCAUCCGUUUUCACUGCUCGCACGACCGCGCAGUUGCUGUCUGCGCUAACGCAACCAGGCAGCUUCAUUGAAGAUACAUUAGACAACCAAGGCAAUCCUGUUCUUAGAGUUCAGAGAGGUCCCAAGUCUAGGAAGCACAGUAAACAAGGCGUCAAGUCCACGAUUACCGCCUCCACUCACGAUAGACGAUCUGCCGACGACAGCGACAGCCAAAUUGAAGAGCAAUCUACCAAACCAACCAACAAAAAGCGAAAGACAGCGCUUAGAUUCUCCAGGAAAACAUUCACCAAGAAAAACAAGGUUGUCAGAGGAUCACCCAAAGAAAUUCGAAGCCCCCUCUUAUCUGAGGAUAAUUACGACGACUGGAGGCAUCCUGGGUCCAGAAGGUUUAAACCUGUAAUUCCGUCCAAGGCUUCCCUCGUUCGCGAUCGCACGAGCGACGACGAGCCUGAACCCGAUGAGGAAGAAAUCCUGGUUGAAUUCUUGACAGAGGAUGAUGAUAACGUUCUUGACUUUUCCCACGAACGAGGCGAUGAAGGACAUGAUGAGCCUGACGAAGCCGAGGAUGACGCACACGAUGGACUCUGGGUCACCAUCACUCCCACGAGUAAUGCUAGCCCGUUUUUCGAUACGCUUCUCGUACUGGUGGUUAGCCCGCUAGUCACUCUGAGUUUCGUAUACGCCCUUUUGAUUCUUCGCGCUAGAAUCCGCCGAAGGCGCUGGAGAGCUCCCAAAUCAGUCGUUGAACGCCUGCCCGUGCGCACGUUCCAUACAGUCGCUCCCUCGCCGCCUUUGACACCGAGAACUCCCUCACCGUCCGCUCCGACACCAACCACUCCUCUACUACAGGAAUCUCCCUCACGGCCGCGACCUCGGUCGAGGGGCUCAACGGGUAUUCCCGAAGAAGAAACGCGACCUAGUGACGCCAUACCAACACCUUCAAACCCAACCAGGAACAAUGCUCGAUCUGAGCGCGAGAAGGGUUCUGGUGGGUUUUCUGCUGAGUGGAAAAAGUAUAUGGGUCGCCAAGUCGAAUGUGUGGUGUGUCUUGAAGAAUAUGUCGAUGGCGUGAGCCAAGUCAUGAGCCUCCCAUGCGGUCACGAGUUCCACGUAGAGUGCAUUACUCCUUGGUUGACGACUCGCCGACGAACUUGCCCCAUCUGCAAGGGCGACGUAGUUCGAUCUCUUGCUCAUGGCUCAUCAUCUGAGCCGCAUUACGAACCAUAUCGCGACGAUGCAAGUGAUGACGACGAUGACGAUGACGAUGGAACUAUUGCAGAGGGCUCUGGCGCUCGUUCUGAUGACCGUGAAUCCGAUCUUGAACAGGGGCUGCUUGCCAACGAAGGGCGAACUUGGCGAUGGAGUCGACACGACGGUUGGCUCAGUAUUUUCUCCAGUGGCAUUAACAGGACAAGGUCUCCCUCUCCCGAGGACCGCAAUCGAUGAUGCUAUAGAUACCCUGCUUGUUAUGGGCGGCGAGCCAUAUGACAUGGCGUUUUGUUUGUAUACUUUUGGAGUUUUCUGGUUAUUAUCUGGCGCAAUGGAUGGAUAGCUAGCGCACUGGGAUACAGAGCACAGCAUGGAUUGCCAGGACUUUAGAAUAUCAUAUAUUUGAAUUUGGUUAUAGUCAACGGGCUGCGCAUGAUUGGUGUCAAAGACACUUUCGCUGGGAUAGGAAUAGAUAUGGUAUACCCUCAUAGUCGGCUGUUGCAUGUAUUUUACGGACCAUCACGAAUAAUUAGCAAUUCACCUCGCUUCUUCGUUUCCCUGUUGUUUUGUGAGGUUACAUAUUUGCAGGGGCUGAGAUAAUGCUGAACGCCGAAAAAAUACCAUUGUCUAUUUCUAUUUUUAUCUUUACAUGACCGAAU